GACCUUUGUCUCCCCGUGCGCUUUCGUCGUACUUUCUCUUCUCUUGACCUUGCCCUUGCGGUUCUCCGAAUCGCGCUUCUGCCCUUGGCGCGAGGUAUCGUUUGUUGACUUUGAUUAUCAGCGAGGGUGAAAGAGAUCUCUAUAGAUAUUUCUUCGAUAAAGGAAGUUUAUCAUUCAUGGGACAUCGGCGGGACGAUCGGAACUGAAAGAGUCAAUUGCCAACAAGAUACAGAAUGGCGUUAAUCUGGUGGGAGAAGAUAUUUCUGGUCAUAAUAGCGGUCGUCAGUUUGAGGAUCUUUAUAAAAAUCGGGAUUCUGGUGUGGAAGAAAUUAGUCGCCCCGAGUCUCGGACUUGGAAUCGACAUACGAACGCAAGGAAGAUGGGCUGUGGUUACAGGUGCAACAGAUGGACUCGGAAAGGCGUUCGCCAAGGCAUUUGCCGAAAAGGGUUUGGAUAUCGUCCUGAUAUCGCGAUCUAUGUCGAAGCUAAAGGAUGUAGCCGCUGAGAUCGAGCGAGAAUACCGAGUGGAGACCCGCGUAAUAGAAGCCGAUUUAACGGAGGGUCAGGUGGUCUAUGCAGAGAUUGCCAAAGUGACACAGGAUUUAGAGGUGGGUGUUCUCGUUAAUAACGCUGGCGCGAGCUACGAUCACCCCGAGCUAUUUACAAACGUGUCAGAGGAAGUGCUUGCGAAAAUAUUGCAACUCAAUGUAGCCGGUGUGACCGGGGUUGCGAGAGCGGUGUUGCCCGGCAUGAUGGAGCGACGGAAAGGAGUCCUUAUCAAUGUCAGUUCGACGGCCGCGGCUAUACCGAGCCCUUAUCUAGCUGUCUAUGCCGCCAGCAAAGCAUACAUUGAUAAACUCAGCGCCGACUUAGCUACAGAAGCAGCACCGAGAGGCGUUACAGUCCAGUGCAUUCUUCCUGGUCCAGUAGCCACGAAGAUGUCAAAGAUCAAGAGACCAACUUGGAUGGCGCCUACGCCGGAAAAAUUUGUAGAGGCGACAUUAAGAACGGUCGGCAUUGAAUCGCGCACGACCGGAUAUCCGCCACAUUCUCUAAUUAUCGGAGUUAUAAACACGCUACGUUUCACGUGUGAGACGGGCGCAGUAUGGUUAGUAACGAAAACGAUGCUUAAUAUAAGGGGACGCGCUCUACGCAAAAAGACGAAGAGCCAAGAAGAUGCGCAAGGAGAUAUUCUCACUAACAAUAAGAUGAGUUGAUUUGCUGAUGAGACAAUGCAGCGCAUUAUUUUGUUGAUUGUUCUUAAGCUGUUUCCAAUUAUUUUUUUGUUUUGUGUUAAGCUAUAUCGAAAUAUUUUUAUAUCUUAAUUAAUUUUUUUUUUUAACAUCCUAGCUUGCCAUUUCUCGUUAUAAUAAGGUUCUAUAACUUUGAUUAUAUGAAUGAAAAAAAUAAAGAAAGGUAAAAAUGUAUUGCAGGCGUCAACAUAAAAUGUGUUGACUUUUUUCUUUUAAAAAAUUAUUACAAAAAUUUAUUAUAAAUAAUAUACGUAUAUAGGUAAAUUUUUCUUUAAAGAAAAAUAUGUACAAUAUCUUUAUACAUAUAUGAUAAGGCUAACUAAGAAUAAUUGUAUUCUUAUGUUAAAUUCGUGAUUACUGUAUUUUUUGAAAGAACACUAAUAGAUUUUAUAUGUUAUAUCUGUAUACCGCAAAAAUUAAUAAACAAAUGCUAAACCAAUC